AUGGCGGCACCCAAUUCAUUCGCCGCAUACAAGACCAAUGUUGGCAGGUCGGUAACAAAGAAAUGGAGGGAAGCGAACCAGAUCAGUUAUGAUGGUGACGACUGGGGAGACGAUGAUGAGUAUGACGAGCCCGCUGCUGUAUCUCCAGACAACGGCGUCCAUCAACAUUGGGGUCCUCAACCCAAUGUCUCUUCGAACCGAAGCGUGACCAAUCCUUCCCCUUCUCGCCUGCGUGGAAGGACUUCCUUCGAUCGCGGCGACGAUAGGCGAGCCUUCUCCUCUUCCACCGGAGGCUUCAAUUCGCCCUAUCCUACCACUCAGCGAGCACCUUUCCCUGAACUCGAGCAUGACUUCGAGCCCUCUUCCCCCAACUUUCGAGACCAACCACCUCUGCGCGUGAACACGCAACCACAAGGGCCAAUGCCUCCAGGAAUGUUCCGACCAGGCUCAAGAGGUAGACAAUAUGGGCCGUCCUUUGAUGCACCGUUCUCUGUGCCCGGUGCAUUCCCUCAGCAAAGACGAUCUGGUUCAAGCAAUCGCCCACCUCCCGGGGACAUAUUUCAGCGGCACGAAAGCCCCAUGCGACCUGACAGCCGUGGAUCAGGCGCGUCGGUCAGACAGUUUCCUCCUCGUAAGGCAAGUCUAAGUCAGCAGCUACCACCACAAACCGACUUCACGCAAGGGAGCCCUCCAGUUGCUUCUUCUCAGGAUGUGGACUCGCUCAACAUCAGCGAAGACAAACCAAUACCGGUGUUUGUCCGGCCCUCUGAUAUCUACAAACGUAUGCCACAAGAGAUGGAGAAAGUACGCAAGUCGCAAGAAUCGUCUCGGCCUAGCAUCGAAUCUAUUACGGGUCAUGCGAGAGAAGGCUCAGUCGGUGCUCGCUCCACGUCUUCCGAUCCUAGAGAUGUCACCAACACUAUAUCACAGUACAUCGACGAUCCUGACUUUACGCGGAGACUCAAACCAACUCUGGACCCUGUUCCAGAGCGUAAAAGUGAGUACGGAUUCGACAAUAUUCUCAUUGCUUCUGAUGCUCCUAUUCAAUCGUCGGAGACAGCGGCCGACGGAGGAAGUGCGACAACGACGGGUUCUUCGAUCUACACUGACCGUCCUGAUCCUGUUUCAGCCGCUUCUGUUUCUCGCAACGUUUCACUCAGCGAGACUAUCCCAGAAGCCGAACCUCAGCGAUCGUCGCCCGUCCGCCCAACCUUUGCAUUGCCAGCAAUUGGUAGAUUGUCGGCUUUUGGCAUGGAUUUUGGCGCUUCUACCCCAACGACACAGACCGAGACGGACCAGACGUCUGACCAGCUGGCAUCGCGUGCAGCUGCAGACGCAGAAUCCGCCAAGCCGGAGCCGAAUAUUGGGUCAGACGUACGAGGCUUGCAGCACCAGCCUUCUUUCGGUUACAAAUCAAUUGUCCAGCAGGCUUUUGAUGAGAGUGAAAACCCAACAAUACUUUCCCCAGUCUCCAACUCUAGCAGCAUCGACAGGUCGAACAGCGCUUCGACGACAGACAUCAGUCCCAUCAUUCCUCGUCGUCAGGAACCAGGGUCGACAGUCUCUGAUUUCCAGUCUGCACAUCCGACAAUUCCUGAAGAGCCUUCGCAAUCCGAUUCCCGUCCAACGUCAACUGCCACGGUGAGGCCGGGAGAGGCGCAGGAGCUCGAAGAUGACGACUUCGCUCCUUCUGGUCCACUUCGGACGGGAUAUCGAAGAGACGUGACUCCCCCAAGCGUGGACAACAGCCCCGCAAAGCGACCUCUCAGUGUUGAAGUAGCGGCCAGUCCGCAGCCUCAACACGGCGCCAUGGUGGUAGAACAGGAGCAUGAGACCAAACAUGAGGGCUCAACGUAUGGGAGAACGCUUGAUGACAAGCCUCUACCUGCGGAGCCAACGGAACGCGUUGAUGAUCAUGACCAAACAUCGGACCAUGAUGUGCCUUCUGAAGAAAGCUUGAAAGCAGAAGUAGAACAUGAAUGGGAGGCGCAAAAGGAACAGUUUAAUGCUCAGAAAGAUCUCCCGGACAGUGGUCCGGCCACAUCGGAUAUGCCUGCCCCUAUGCAACGCUCCGAAACUCCUGCGAAGGGGUCGGUUCGGGACUUGGCUGGCAAACUCGAAACUUUGUCAGGCAGAUCUACUCCUAACAAUAUUACAACCAACCAACCUCCGGUAGAGGAUCGACCACAACCACAGUCGCGAUUAGAGAGUUUCCGUCCAUCACUUCCUGGAGGCUGGCAAUCAUAUACUUCAACUGCAGCCUCAGUGACUCCGGCGUCUACAAACACACCUGUUCAGCAAUCGUCCGAAUCUCCUCUAGUACAGCCUCGUCCUCCGUUUGCACCAACACAUGGGGACAGUACCGAGAGCAUCCCCGUUGCAAGAGCACCUGUCAAUCCUGCAAUGGAGAAAGACAGCAUUACACACAGAGCCUUUGCUGCUGCUGCCUCCGCAGGCAAUGCUCUUGCUGAUUCACUUAGUGGGCGACAUACUGUGGAGGACGUGCACACUCCUCGGGAAGCAUCAGAAGGUUCGAGUGAGAACGAGUGGGAUGCCUCGAGCACGUCGAGCAACGAGAAGCCUGAAGCAGGGUCCCUGAACAAUCGAGAAACAGUGCAAGAUCAACAGGAGGAGUAUGGAACGGUUGCUGAGACCCCUGUUGUCGCUGUGCCUGGCGAGCUGGCGUCAAGUCUUCCGUCUUCCGAUGUGUCGGCAGCUGAGACACCCUCUAACGCAGAUCAGCAGGAAGCGGAUGAGACUUAUUCAAACGUUGAUUCCUACUUUCCUGCGCCUCUGCGGAUGACGAGAGGGGAUGCUCCAGUAACUCGACCACAAAUUCCCGAGGUUACGGUGCCAGAGCAAUCACCAUCGGAGAGUGACAAUGAGCGAUUACAGCUGGAGAUUGAGAGGAGCUUGACACCCAAAUCGUCAAACCUGGCGGAGGCAAACGAACAUCGGGUCCUCCAGACCGAGGGAAGCGUUGUAGCUACAGAACCUCCAGGCUUUCAAGGCACAAGCAUUGAUCUCGGGAAAAUGCAGUCUGAACAUGGUGAUCAGGUUCAAAAAGAAGCCGUCCACAUGCCGGACAGAAGCACACCUAAUGCUGCCAUCAAUCCGGCACCCCAGCUGGACGGAGAGCAAGGGCCGUCAACAGCCGGCAGGCCAUUCCUGCAACAGAGGUUUUCCUGGGAGACUCAGACCGAUCAAACUCCUCCCCCUGUCACGCCAAAACAGAUGAGCCCCCAGUCCACGAAUUCGCCCGACACCCUCAGAAUCGCCAGUCAAACGGGCUCCCCGCCAGUCAAUACCUACCGCCCAGAUGAGGACUUGGGUAGGAGUAUCGAGCCUGAGAGCAUUAGUCAGGCACGGACACCACUAUCACCGGAGCCGUCUACACUGACGGAGACUGAUGGACCGGCGUUCCAGGCCUCGCGACAGUCGCAACCUGAGCCGGCAUCUCUUCGCGCCAUCAUGAGUCUUCAGACGCCCCAAGAAAGGAUUCGCGCCUAUAAUGAGACCAGACAUUUUCUUGCCGUACCCGAUGGACAGUUGCAAGAAUGGUUGCUCUCCCUGAAGACAGCCGAACAUGCGGAGCUGUUCGCCUUGAAUGGGCGCAUCUCUCAAGACAAUGCAGACCCGGCAUUGUCCCACAAACCGUCUCCCCGACGCAUAUUCACCGAAUCAGCCCCAGCUAGACAUGUGCAAGAGGAUGGAAAGAAGCUGAUGGCAGCGGCCGGAAGAUUUGGUGGGAAAGCAGGAGUUGCAGCCAAGGGCCUUUUUGCGAAGGGAAAGGAGAAGAUGCGUCACGCAAGCUCUGGUGAAAAGGUAGCUCAUUGA